UUAACUGAGUAGUAAAUGUUAAAAUAUAUACUAACUAUUAAAUUCCUACGCGCCACCAUACUCGCGUCAUUUCCUUACCUUAAAUUCGAUGUUUAUCGAUUCGAUGAUUCCUUUGUUUCUGGUCUCAUUUCCACGUCUAUCCGUUCAGCUUUGGAUUGUCCUUUAAACUAUGCAAGAAGUUACUUAGCCAAUAUCUUACCAUUAUGUGUUAAAAAAAUCGUGUAUUUGGAUUCAGAUUUGGUUUUAGUUGAUGACAUAGCGAAAUUGGCACAAACCCCACUUAAUGAAAACCAAAUUCUUGCAGCCCCAGAAUAUUGUAACGCAAAUUUCACAUCAUAUUUUACACCAACAUUCUGGUCAAACCCUUCGCUCUCGUUGACUUUUGCGGAUCGAAAAGCAUGUUAUUUCAACACGGGUGUAAUGGUAAUUGAUCUUGAUCGUUGGAGAAGUGGUGAUUAUACAAGAAAGAUUGAAGCAUGGAUGGAAUUACAAAAACGUAUGAGAAUUUAUGAGUUAGGUUCGUUACCACCUUUUUUACUUGUGUUUGCUGGAAAUAUAGCACCAGUGGAUCAUAGAUGGAAUCAACAUGGGCUUGGUGGAGAUAAUUUUCGUGGGCUUUGUAGAGAUUUACAUCCUGGUCCAGUAAGUUUAUUACAUUGGAGUGGUAAAGGUAAACCUUGGGUUAGACUUGAUGCUAAUAGACCAUGUCCAUUAGAUGCUUUAUGGGCACCUUAUGAUCUGUUAAAACCUCCAUUUUCGUUUGAUUCUUGAAAAUGGGGUUACGUAAAUGUUCAGUUUAUUGAAAAGCAGAGACAAGAGUGAAAAGAAUGAAAUAAUUGAUGCAACUGUAUAGGCUUUUGGUGAAGAUGAUGAUGAAGAGCUGCUGCAAAAACACAGGAUGAUGAAGUUUUUUAAGAUUCAAAAAUUCAAAAUUAAUAGGGAGGAUUAAAAUUCAUUUUUCUCCUUCUAAUAAAAUUUUACAAUAUUUUCUUGAUUUUUCAAUUUACUGGAGAUUUUUUUUUUUUUCCUGAAUGAUGUAUGUAAUCUUUGAGUUGAGCUCUAUAUUGUACAGCAGAUGAGUUAAAAAUUUUGGUUUCUUAGACGA